AUGCUCUCGGCAUUGUAAGCCGACACGUAUCGGGCCGCCUCACUCAGCCACUCUGCCGCACAGCUGACCGUAUGCCCUCCUUUCAAUUCCCCUCCCCGCGCAGCUUCAUCCUCAACCUCAAAGGCGAGGUGCUCAUCUCGCGCCUAUUCCGACCCGACCUCAAGUGCGCCACAACACCCUGCACUCCCCACAUCAUCCUCCUUGCUGACUGCUUCAACUCCACCUGCAGGCGUUCCAUCUCGGACAUCUUCCGCAUCCACGUGAUCGCGUCGUCGACACCGCCGACCUCACCGCUCGUCACCCUCGGCAAUACCACCUUCUUCCACGUACGACAUGGCGGGCUCUGGUUGGUCGCGGUGUGCAAGAAUGUAAGCGGAGACCAAUUCCAUGGCAGUAGCACAGUUUCGAGGAGGGGCAAGUGAGGGAGUGGACGGCGCCUUUGUCUGGGGUCGAGGCGCACGUCAACGUUCCGUCGCUCGCUCGCAUGUGCAGCUCCACAGCACUUGUCGCAUCAAAGUCGAUGCUCUUUCUCCGGACCGGCACGGUGCCAGUUGGACGCCAUCAAACCCGUGAUCUUGCUCAGUCCCACCAACACCGUACUGACACCUUCCCUCUCCGCCUCGACUCUCCGCCUCGACUCUCCGCCUCGACUCUCCUCCCCCACACGACCCGUCCCCCCUCCUCGACGAGCUCACACAGAACGCCAAUGCCGCGCUCGUGUUCGAGUUCACGUACCGCUUCAUCAACCUCGGCAGGGCCUACUUUGGCAAGCUAGACGAGGAGAGCGUGAAGAACAACUUUGUGUGAGCAUCCGUUUCCUGCUCAGCUCGAGAUGAAUACAUGGGCUGAACUCAGAAGACGACCCCAGGCUCAUCUACGAACUGCUCGAUGGUACGUUCGACUGAACCCGGAUCGAAAAACGACCCUUGACUGGUUAUGGAUUGUACUACUGAUGCACUUAGAAAUCCUCGACUUUGGGUACCCGCAAAACUCCGAGUCCGACACGCUCAAGAUGUACAUCACCAACGAGGGCGUCAAAUCCGAAGCGGCCGUGCGCGAAGAAUCGUCCAAGAUCACGAUCCAGGCCACCGGUGCCAUCUCGUGGAGGAGGAGCGACGUCAAGUAUAGAAAGAACGAGGCCUUCGUCGACGUCGUCGAGACGGUCAAUCUAUCCAUGAGCUCCAAAGGUUCGCGCGCGCGGCCGUUGAGAAGUGUGAACAGGGUCACUGACUUUACUGCGAAUUGCGCGUGGCACAGGAACGGUUCUAAGAGCGGAUGUCGAUGGUCAGAUCCUGAUGCGAGCUUAUCUCAGUGGCACGCCCGAGUGCAAGUUCGGACUGAACGAUAAGCUGGUGAUUGACAAAUCGUAAGUGGCGAAAUGGGAUCGCGCCCGGAGGAUUCCCUUCUGAUCACCCUCAGGCCUGGUGCGUGGCAUGCUGCGCUGCUUUCAGUGACCGUGCCAAGACGAGUGGGAACCCCGAAGCCGUUUCGGUCGAACUGGACGACUGCCAAUUCCACCAGUGUGUCAAACUCGGCAAAUUCGAUUCGGACCGCACCAUCUCCUUCAUCCCCCCCGACGGCGAAUUCGAACUCAUGCGGUACCGCUCGACGACGCACGUCAACCUCCCUUUCAAAGUCCAACCCAUCGUCACCGAAGUCGGCAAAACUAAAGUCGAAUACACGAUCCAAAUCAAGGCCAACUUUUCCCCCAAACUCUCGGCGAACAACGUCGUGCUUAAAAUCCCCACACCUCUGAACACGGCCAAAGUCGAUUGUAAAGUCGGGAUCGGGAAGGCCAAAUACGUUCCCGCAGAGAAUGUCAUCGUAUGGAAGAUCCCACGAUUCCAAGGCCAGAGUGAUACGACUUUUUCGGCCGAAGCGAGUCUGAGUUCGACGACGGUGUUGAAGGCUUGGUCGAGACCACCAAUUUCGGUCGAUUUCCAAGUCCUCAUGUUUACGGCGAGUGGGUUAUUGGUCAGGUUCUUGAAGGUGUUUGAGAAGAGUAAUUACUCGAGUGUUAAAUGGGUCCGAUGUGAGUUGGUUAUGAGGGAAGAACCUCGGACGUGGGGUGUUUGACUGAUCACUUCUUCACCCCCGGGUACGACGCAGAUUUGACAAAAGCGAAUGGGACGUACCUCAUUCGGAUUUGA